ACCAAUGUUAAGUGUCGAAAACGAUUCCGCUUUAGACCAAGUAGGGACAGAAUCUGCAGGUCGCUGGCCAUUUUCCUCACUGUUGAGGCUCUCCUUUCUUGCUUUAACUCGAUCUCUCUUUCAAACUAAAUCUCAUUUUCGUUUGAAGCGUGAUGUUUUUGCUUCCAGAUUUUUCUUUAUAGAAUCAAUCCCGGUGCUUCACCGCUCUCGACAUUGUUGUUGAAGGUAGCCUGAGGAAGCUUAAAGGUGGGAAUAGCCGACGCUCGCUAAUUUUUUGCUCUUAUGAUUUCAGGUGUUAUAAUCUUUUGACGGAGAAUUUUGCAUGAAUAUGAGUUCAAGAAGAGGGAGUGAAAACCCAGUUGUUGGAGGCGCAGCUGAAGAUGAUGGUGUGUGGCAGGUGGCUUCAAGGAAGUCUAAAAACAGAGCUGGAACCAGUGCCGGGAAACCUAGCUUUAAUGGAUCUGGAAGGGGCCCUGUGGAAACCUGGGCACAUACUUCAGAAUCUAGGACACAACCCAUCUGGGGGGGUGUGAGGCCCCAGUUGCCCAAGAGGAUGCCUGAAAGAAAUUUUAUGACCUCCCAACCAGUGAUUCCCCCUCCUUUGGAGCGUGGUUGGAACUGGCCAUCCAGAGUUGGUUCUUCAUCAAAAGGUAGCCAAAAAUACAAAAGUGUCCACAAUGAAUGUGAGGAUAAUGCUGAUGAAAAUUAUGAUGAUGACAGCGACAACAACUCUGAUAUUCUGGAUGAUUCAGAGGAUGAACUUUUUAGUGAUGAAUUUGAUUCAGAUACCAGUCAAAAGAGUCAUGAGACUCGCAAGAAGAGUGGAUGGUUCAGAAAAUUCUUUGAAAGUUUGGAUAAUUUGACUAUUGAAGAGAUAAAUGAGCCAGAAAGGCAGUGGCACUGUCCAGCAUGCCAGCAUGGUCCAGGUGCCAUUGACUGGUACCGUGGCCUUCAACCUUUAAUGACCCAUGCAAAAACAAAAGGAGCAAAGAGGGUGAAGCUCCACAGGGAACUUGCAAAGCUUCUUGAUGAGGAGUUGCAGCAGCGGGGAACUUCAGUGGUUCCUGCUGCUGAAUCAUUUGGUCGGUGGAAAGGGUUGAUUGAUGAAGAGAAGGAUCAUGAGAUUGUGUGGCCGCCCAUGGUGGUCAUAUUGAAUACCAGGUUGGAGAAAGAUGAGCAUGAUAAGUGGAUUGGGAUGGGUAAUCAGGAACUUCUUGAGUACUUCAGCUCUUAUGAUGCUGUGAGGGCUCGACAUUCAUAUGGUCCACAGGGGCACCGUGGAAUGAGUGUUCUUAUUUUUGAAAGUUCUGCGGCAGGAUACCUGGAAGCGGAACGUCUGCAUAAACAUUUUUCUGAUCAAGGAACAGAUAGAGACUCUUGGAAUAGGAAGCAGGUACUAUUCAUCCCUGGAGGGAAGCGCCAGUUAUAUGGUUUUAUGGCAAUAAAGGAAGAUCUCGAUCUGUUCAAUCAGCAUGCUCAAGGAAAAUCUAAGCUGAAAUAUGAGUUGAGAUCAUAUCAAGAGAUGGUCGUUCAGCAAAUAAGACAAAUGAGUGAGGACAACCAGCAGCUCAUCUAUUUCAAGAACAAAGUGGAUAAGGUGCAAAGGCAUUCGAAGACACUCGAGGAAUCCUUCAGUAUUGUGAGUGAGAGGCUGCGAAAGACAAUAGAAGAGAAUCGCAUUGUUAAACAAAGGUCAAAAAUGCAGCAUGAAGAAAGCAAGGAAGAGAUGGACUUCCAAGAGAAGUUUUUCAAGGAGCAAAUCAGAUUAAUCCAGGAAGCAAGAGAUGCUAAAGAGGAGGAUUUUGAAAGGCUACAGCAGGGUGAGCGGGAGAAAGUGAAGCAAUCAGUCAACAUCGCCUCCAACACUGAAGACAUAAGCCAAAGAACUGAAAGAAUGGCAAAGUUCAUAAAUCAACAAGACAAAGAAAUGGAAAUGUUUGAGAAGAAGAGAGAGGAGUUAUUCAAAAUCCGCGAUGAAAAAAUGGCAGCAUUGAAGCGCAGGUUUUACGAAGAACAGUGUGAGAUAGAGAAUGAAUGCAGUGCAAUGUUGAGCAGAUUGAUGGAGGAAUAUGCCCGUGUUCAGGAUUAGUAGCUUUUGAAUGAUGAAUUUGUGUUAGGAAAAAGAAGAAAGGUUUUUCAAACGCCGCCAUUUGUCAGGGUUUGAUGAGCUAUGACAUAGUUUUUUGAUACUUCUUUUGAACUGUUUGGCAAAAAACUAAUAUGGGCUUAAAAAUUUACUACAGAUAUUAAAUGGGCUUCAACAUUAUGGGCAGUGAUUUUUAGCCUUCA